CUGUCGUGGACCUUACUGCUGCUGGUGAUGCUGCUCCAUCACUGCCUCUCGUCCAGGAGCCACGGACGAAGAGGGCCGGCAAAGAGAUUGCAGGUGCCACCUACCAGAAGAUGGUAGAAUACCCCGUCGGCGGGGGUGUCUUCGAUGACGUCGUCCGUGGCCACGACGUCCUGGCGCAGGCCAUGCCGGCCAAGGAUCGGGCUUACCUGAGGAAACUCGGGGACGUGAAUAUCUACGAGGGCGACAUGGACCUCCUCGUCCAAGGUGCCUUCAUGCUAAUGGAGAGCCACAAGAGGCAAUACCGAGAGAUAGCUCG